AUGCCCAAUUCGGGAGGUAGUUGUGACAGACAACUUUCAAACUCUUUGAUGAAGCGGCAUCGUCGGGGACGUCCAGGAUUUUUUUUAUUCGUUGGUGCAGUGACGUUAUUGAUUUUUUUAAGCUUCCAACUUUCUUUUCUGUUGGAGUCACAAGAAGAGAGCUCACAGAGGGAAUUUGGCACAUCAGGGGUGCGUGUGGAGGAGAAGAAUUUUGUGUUUCCGCCUGGCGAUGAGCCCGACAUGCAGCCGUGGUUCGAGUCGCUUCUCAGUGCGGUUGCGCAUAAUAAAUCCUCGACCGCUGCGUACGGAUGCAGUUGGUUUAUGGCUCCCAUCGGGGAAACUAUGCGAGUAGUGCCAGCUUGUUCAGUGGGUGACAAUAAUAACAACAACAACAACAACAAACCACGCUGUUCGAACGAAGAACUAUCCGCUGGCAGUAUGGCGGUUAAUCGAGGGGCCACCCAAGCGCGGUGCGUAACGAGGGGUAUGCAACCCAAAUGCUAUACUGAAAACAUCAUCAUGCAGAAAGGAAGUUUUUUCACUUUCGAAGGUGGGAAUUUGAGGAUACCAUCUAGGCUUUUUCUUGGUGACGGAAUGAACAGACCCUUUGCGAGGUACCACCGAUACUAUGGAAAUUCAGUACAGAAGGUUUCAUCUGCUCCCAAUCGUGGUCCCUCCAUUCUGAAUCACUGCAAGUAUGUUGUGAAUACACCGGCGGUAUUUUUGUACCGCGUAAGUGGACACUCGACCUUUCAUCUGUGGGUAAAUAAUCUUGGACCAUUCUUUGCAACGAUGAAUGACGACUUUGGAUUAGAGACUGCAACAAAAGGAUUGGGGAGAUUAUUUCGUGGUAAAAAACCGAUAAUCAUCACAGUUGAUGAUAAACCGUCCCAAGGCCCUAAAGCCCCCCUGUUGUUAGAUGAAUUGUUAAGUUAUUUCACGGAUCUCCCAAUAUUAAACGCCUCUGAUUUCACCGAGCCGACGUGCUUUACUCAAGCAAUCCUUGGAUGUAGUGCUACUACUUUUGAUCAGUCUGAGAUUCGACGGUGGAUGAUACCACGUGUUGCGUUUAGGCACCGCCUUCUGCAGUUACUCUCGAUGAGGAGUGGUGGGAACGACAAUCCAAACACUAGCCCUACAGCCGACAUAAAAUCACUGCGGUGCUUGGUAUCACUCCAUGAUGCACAACUUCCCAAUGUUGUUAGAGAAUGGAUGGCUUGGAAACUUCGACAUUGGCAGAGGCUGCCAUAUAGGCCAAGGGUUCUGUACCUUAGUCGGAACCAUCCUAACGUCACUCGUGGGCGAAAGGUGGUAAAUGAAGCAGAUGUCCUUCCCGCCCUUGAGGCACUGGUGCUUGAAAUGACGGGAGGCAAACUCCAGCGUAUGUUCUUUGAGGAAAUGGCAUACGUGGAUCAAAUUAUGAUGAUCUCCGAAACAAACAUUCUUAUUGCUCCUCAUGGUGGAGGCAUUGCCAACUGUGUGUGGAUGCCGCCGGGAUCUGUGGUUGUGGAGUUUGUAUCUCCAGCUGGGGCGACUUUAUUGCAGAUGUACCACAAGUGGUGUAGACAAGCAGCGGGCCGCGGUGCGCUACCAAUCGAGCACCUUCCGUUCAUUGCUGAGCAGGACCCUGCGGAGCGCAAGCCUGGCUUUGCAGAGGCGAACCCAGUGUGGACUCGAAACAAACGGCUCCAUAGCAAUAUUUGGCUACCGAAGGAAAAACUUGUGGAACACGUGGCGAAAGCCAUCACUUUAUAUCGACAAUGGACGGAGAAGGCGAAGAGUAAUGUGUGA